AUGACAUUAUUGCUUGUGCUUUUGUGCUCCACAGACUUCCUCUCAUCAGCUACUGUAGUUCAAACCAAUGUCCUGAAGACCUUUUCUGCAGGUGAAAAAGUAACUUUAGAGUGUACUAUAUCGCAAAGCCAUGAAAACUACUUCUCCUGGUUCAAGCAAACUCUAGGAGAAGCUCUAAUGUGCAUCCUCAGUCUGUAUGCUGACACUUCAAAUGCAACAUUUAUUGGAGACUUUAAGAAGGACAAAAGACUAACAGCUCAAAAGACAGGGGGUCAUUUUGCUUUAAUUAUACAAGAUGCAAAGCCAUCGGAUACUGGAAUCUAUUACUGUGGUGCUCGUGACUAUGAUCUAAUCACUCUUAGUAAUGGACUGUUUUUAAAUUAUGAAGGGGCAAAUCAAAGACAGCAUCAUUAUAUCAAGCAAUCUUUAUCUGCAUCGGGCUUGGGUACUCCAAAUGAGCAUGAGUUUAACCCAGGAGACUCUGUGAAUUUACACUGUUCUGUCCUCACUACGAGAUGCUUUGAAAAUCACAGUGUCUACUGGUUUAGACAUGCAUUGGGAGAUACUCAACCAGGAAUCAUUUACACGCAUGAAAACAGAAAUAAUCAGUGUCAGAAAAGCUCUCAGAAAGAUUCCCAUAUACAGACUUGCAUGUACAAUCUCCCCAAGAGGAACCUCCAUUUAACUGAUGCUGGUACUUACCACUGUGCUGUAGCCAUGUGUGGGGAGAUACUGUUUGGGAAUGGAAGUAAACUUGACAUUAGAGAUGCAAAGUCCACCUGGCCUGACUUUAAGGUACUAGCUUUGGCUGCAUCAAAUAUAUUGUGCUUGGUGUUCAUCGCUGUACUUCUAUGUAGAAGAGCGGCAAAAAGAAAAGAAACUCUUUCUGAAACCACCCAGCCAUUACAUUCAACACUGUCUGUGUCUCCUGCUUAUGAGAGUGUGCCAGAGGAGUUAAGCUAUGCAGCAGUGAAUUUCUCUGGGAGGAAAUCCAACAGACACAAGAGUGAACGAAGCACAGACACACAUGUAAUAUACUCCACUUCCAGAGGUUUCAAAUAA